AUGCCUGGACUAGGACCAAUUCUCGCACAUCUUGCAGACCAACCUGGGCUCAUCGAAUCGCUCUCUCUUCCGGGCCUUGUGAAGUUCAUUAUCCAUGCCUCUGCUCUAAAGAAUGACAUCAUCCUGACACAACCGAGUCGGCAUGAUCCUGAACAGGUCCCUGAAUACCUGUCGGCGACAAUCACGGAGUACCUCGCCUCGGUUGCCGAUAUCACAGUAGAGCAGGUUGCGCAGUGUUGGGCUGUUCUCCGAGGCAUAGCAUGGGAUCCUGAUGAGGUCAAGAGCUGGAGGGUAGUCAUAGCUCAUGUUCUCCUAGCAUCCCGUCCACUCUAUCCACCUACUCAUUUCUGUACGACUGCUGGCUGCCUUCGCAACAUCAACCAUGUACCGUUGAAGAAGUCAGAGUCCCGGCAGGUAGCACUGUUCACCUUAGCCAACGGUGCAGUACCUGCGUGGUCUGUGCAUCUCUACUGUGAAGGCUGCAGAACUAACUAUCACAACAACUACUCUGUGCGUGAUGGUGAGCGAACCUACCAUGCGGGCAUCCCACAAUACGUCCAGGCUGGAGAUCACCAGUUCAUUGAGCUGGGAGUGAUCAACAUGUGGAUUAACCUGAUGUUAACAGCUUGGACAUCUGCGACCAACUGCGCAAACUUUUAUAACAGCACACUCGCUCGACGCCAUGAGCAGCCGGACGAUUGGCCAUUCAAGAUGGAGCUAGAGACCAAACAGGUCUGGGAUGCAUUCACCAUUGUUUCCCUCCUCGAGGACUGCCACAAACGCAAUGAGGUACUCCGUGUUCCUCAUACGGGGUUGCAGAAAGAUCGUUUCACGGAGGCUGUGCGUGCUCGGAACGGUCGCAUCCGCACGUUUGGCUUCCCCAAUGUCCUCCACACCAGGCAGCGUCUCUACCCUAUGACCUUGGGGUAG